AAAUCCCUAUAAAUAACCUACCUUCUUUUUCCCACCAUGUUGAAACAUUUUUAUUUCUCAUUAAACCCGAUAAUAAUAGCCCUCCUCCUGGUUUUGUGUGGUUUAACGACAUAACACCGGGCCGCUACUACGGCAAAGAAAUGACAAAAGUGGUAACAGGUAUUAGUUCAAGUAUACUCAUUGUUCAAACAACAACCUAGUGAUUUUUACCUGGAAAAACACCUUAAAUAGACAAUUAUACACUUUGGACCAAGUAUCAAAAUGUUUCGGUACUGCAUAGGAUUAAACGGCUGGAUGUAACCCAUCUGGGGCAUCAGGAUGCAGGUGCAGUGAGGGAUGAGUAAAACGGGUAUGUUUCCUCCCUAUAUCAACUCAACAGCACAACUGAUCAACCCUCGCAUGAAUACAUUGGCUGCAUCUAGGGAUCUAUUUCUUGAGGCGGAGGGUGAGGUUUUUUACUCACUCAUCCUCUUCCUGUCCAUAGACUGUUUCCCUGCGAUACAACACGCCGAUAUAUUUCUAAACAUAAUUUACUAUCACAUAAUUCCUUUAUGUCUGAUUUAUAUUAAUAGACAACAAGUAUCGGGAUAAAUGGAAAUAAGGUAUACUAUUAUGGCACCGAUUUACAAAAGUUCUCGAUCACAAAUAAAUAGCAUUAAAAUACAAAGGGGAGGUAGAGCCGUAAGCAGACACACACAGGCAGACUGUUCCUCGUAAAUCACCUCUCCAAUCCUUGCUAUAUCGGAGGAAACGUUCCGAGGAUGUCAGUUAACACACAGACAUAGUGAUGACCGAUAGACAGGAUUAAAAGAUUGGCCACUCCAUGCACUGACCUAUACCAGGUGUAAUGUUGAGCGAUGGAGACUGCCAAUAACCUAUUAGCUCACUCUAGUCUGCCGUUCUAUCCCAACGGACUGACAACCACAGUGUCCAGUAUCCUCAGCUCAAGUCCCGGGGGUCAAGACUCGGCCAUCGGGCGAUCCGGACAGAACGGCUGGUCAAACUAUACAAGCGACGCAGGGAGUAUAACAGGCCAUAACUCGUGUUCUAGUAUGUCUUCGUACAGCAAUCUCCAACUUGGAGCUUCCUUUUCCGCCAUGAACUCUAAAUCUCCCUACAACUCGUUCACGAGUGCUGGGGCUGACUAUAUCAACUGUAGGCAGAUGCAGCUUAACCACAUGAAUCCCCUUAACAUGCCAGCUAUGAGGAAUUACCCCCUUUAUGGGGAUAUGUAUCAGGCUGCCCAUCCCCCGGGCUACACGAAUGGAAGUUUUUAUCCCGAUAUGCCCCCCGGUAUUCCCCCUCUCCCGGGGAGGGACAUCGAUUGUAGGAGCGCUAACUCGGAUUCUCCAAAUCAAGAAGCUAAAGGUAGAAAGAAGAGGAAGCCAUAUACCCGUUACCAGUCUAUGGUGCUGGAAAAUGAAUUUUUGAACAGUUCUUAUAUAACACGACAAAAACGAUGGGAAAUAUCGUGUAAGUUACAACUAACAGAGAGACAAGUGAAAGUUUGGUUUCAAAAUAGACGAAUGAAGAGGAAAAAGUUGAAUGAACGCGCCAAAGCGAGACUGAGAGACGACCAAGAACCUAAAGAUCAUCAUCAUGCAGCACCCGGUCAAGGUCAUCAUUCAGUACAAGCGUGACAGUGACUAUGAUCAUCUAGAUUUCAUUUAAAAUAUUUCUUCAUCUUGUUGUCUCUCAUCGUGCUCAUAAAUGGAACUCAUGGAAUUGAGUCGGGUAUUCCAACCCGAACCCGAUGGAGCACCACGUGACUUGAGAGUGAAUGAAACUACUCGUGUGACGUCACAGGAUUUUGUGCUAAUUUGGUGGUGAGAUGUGCUAAUGAUAGAUUACCGGUUGGAGUUCGAUUGAUUUAUAUCUUGGACACAGUCGUAUAAGCUAGAAAACGUGUAUGCCAUGCAUACAAAGAACAGUACGAGAGACGCUGAAAACGAACAUUACCAUACCGGUAAACAUAUUUGGUGCGAACUUGUAACUGAUUUAGUAGGUUUGUGGAACAUUUUGAAAAGUGGCUAUUUGCAGGAUCGCUAGUUUUGUAGCCGGUAUAGAAACCGGAAAUAGAUAUGAGUGACGCCAUUACUGUGUGCGUGUUUAAAGAGCUAGCGAUGAGCGCCAUUUCCAACUUGUAUGUGCAGCAAGGACAAGCCAUGCUAACGUCAAGUCUUGCAGAUUAGCAAGACAUCGGCCUAGCAUGCCUGUAGAUGCAUCACCGAGUCCAACUAUUGAGUCUGUUUUGUCAGUCAGUGUAAUUCUAGAAAUGACUCAUCGAAUUUUAUGCCAGGGAUUUUAGUUUUAGAAAUAUGUUGAUAUACGUUCUUGCCAUAUAUAUAUUAGAUAUCGGUACAGAAUACUUCAUAUGUAAAUAUACGAAAUACGUGAUAUUUAAUUUGUGAAAACAGUGUUGUUCGUAGGAUCAUCGUGUUAUAUUGUUCAUACUAUGUCGAAAGAUGGUGGCGCUGCUGGUUUUAUCGAUAUCACGUGACGAUCAAAGAAACAUUAUGUCCCAGCUCAUUCAUGCGUGUAGAUUUACACGUUCACAUUCAUAUCAUGAUUAUACAUUUUAAUAUUUUUCAGUAACAUGUUCACAUUCUAAUAGUUUCAAGCGUUUGAUCAAUUCAGAUAUCAUCUGAAUCUGCAGCGCCAUCUGUGUAUUAACGUUCUGUCUUUUCGUUGUCUUUGAGAUUGCUUAUUUCAAAUACAAACUCGUGCUAAACAUAGGUUUUUCUUUCUCUCUGUAACUGUCUGAGCGUUUGCAAAGUAAUGGUACAUUAUAUAGAUAUAUAUCAAAGUGUGCGAGAGGACAGUGUAAAUGUAUGUGGAUGGUAGUGAAUGAAUUGGAUGUAUUCUCAUUUUAAAAGAAAAAAGAUAGUAUUUUGUUGAUUCCGUGUUUAAAAUAGCUGAUCCCAUCACACAUACUAAUAACAUGCUUUACCUUUGGAACUCCUACUACGUACUAUGUUCAAAUAAACUCGUUUCAUUGUAUAAUUUAUAUUUUCUUCGUUACAUACCAUAUUCAUCUCUGAAACAAUUUUUAAAUUAUUUUGCAUUUAAAUAUGAUGCAUUUUGUAUCAAUUCGCAUUUUAUUUAUCAAAGUUUGAUAAGAACAUAAUGUGUUUAUAAAGAGAAAAUGUUGACAGCUGUAUUUUCUAUUUUCCAAAUGGGUUGCCGUUUUUUGAAAACAGUAUUAAUAGGAACUAGGAUUGUUUUGAUAAUAUCAGUCUGAACAUUUGAAUUUCAUUUUCUAGUAUUGAAAUAUUAAACAAUAGGUGUUGUAACACGUUUCUCUGAUUUGAUACAGAUCAAUGUUUAAUGAUUAUAUGUUAAACACAUAUCAAUUGAAUUAGAUUAAUUUUACCUCUAUAGACUAGAUCAAGUGGUCAUACUUAGUUGAAAUGAAACGGUAUGAUAACAUUAACGAGUAUUACAUUAUUUAUUGAAAUCUGUUGAUAUGGUCAAACUUAAGUGUAUUUAUUUUAGCUUAAUUUUUAUAUGCCAAAAUACUACCCAGACCAAUGAAAAUAGGAAAUUACAUAUUGGUAUUAUAUUGCUCAAACUGAUAUCACUAUUUCGAUAUUCAAUCUCUAAAUGAAGUCAGAAUCAGUUGAAUAAAAUAAGCUUCAUCAAUGUAAUAUUUUACAUAGAUCAAGUGCUGAAGAGUAGAUGAUUUCUGGUGUAAGAUAUAAAAGUUAUUGAAAUAACGAUGUAUAUGGAAUUUGAAAAGAAAUAACAUCAUUUUCGAAAUUCUUCACAAAAAUGGAAAAUGAACGAAUUUAGACGAAACGCCAAUAUCAACAUAUGAAUAACACAUAAUAAAUUUUAUCUCGACUAAAUUUAUCUUUAAUCUUUCCUGUUACCUUUGACCUCUUUAUCUAUCUGCACGUGUAUGCUAAUUGAUCUCUCUAAUUUCUAUAGAUGUCAAAAAAUUUCCAGCCAUUGAAAUAUGUCCCGAAGGGGUACAUCCUUUUAUAACAAAACGGGCCUUUUCUUUAUCCGUUCUGGUGUAGAAGGGUGCUCCCUAUACAAAGUUUCAUGGAAUAAAAUAUGUUAAAAUAAA